CGAUCUGUGCCACAUCGCAGUGUUUUAUUUUCACUAUGUGACUGUUUAAUAUUGUUAAAAUUGAGUAGUGAAUUUAAACAAACAAAUCAAAUAAAUUAAUGUAGUCUGUGUGCAGUGUUAUUGCAAAUUAAUUAUGAAGAAUUGACAAUGAUAGACAUUUAAGAAAUAUUUUUCUAUCUAUAUACUUACAUACUGUGUUUAGAACUAUUGAUCUUGAAAGAAACGUCAUAAAAUAGUGUUGUGAAUGUGAAUAAUCCAAAGACAAGCUGUGAUAUUAAAUAAGCGAACUGCAAGAAGCCUUAGAAAGAUUAUUUUUGGACAGGGGAACAGAAGAAAAUAUAAAAUGGGUAGAGGAGGUUAUGCAGCAGAAGGCGCCUGUGGUGCCUAGUAACGUGAAACUACAUAAUCAACCAAGCAGUUCUCUUUCUCCUGACGCGAGGAGCAAGAAAUUCUCGGCGAAUUUUUUCAAAGCAACUUUUAGCUCACGAAGCAAGGCGGUCCAGCCCGCCACUUCAACGCAGUCGAUAGACGAAACUAGCAAGAUAGGUAGCGCGGAGACCAAGCCUAUUACUAGAAAUAGGCCUAGGACAGCAACAACGCAAGAGUCUUCAUCUAAAUUAAAAUUAAAACGAAGCCUUGGCGUGGAACGCCUGUCCUCCGCGAAGCCUUCCAUCAAACGACUGGACAAACCCUUAGAGCCCGAACGACCCUUGAGGAACAAACCGACAACACCGGACCCCGGUGGGCCGAAGCCGACAAGAGAUGCAAACAAAAGUGAACCUAAAGUCAGGAAUGUCGUUUUGCAAAUCGUGAAAAAGUCCCACGCACCUCUGAAACCGCCUUCGCCGCCAGUUGAUACCGUUUUGCCACCGACGCUGAAGCCGAAGGUUCCAGAAAAGAGUUUGAAGAUAACGAAGAACAUUAACAACAAUGAUGUUUGGACUAGUGCCGAUGAAAAAAGAAGCUUCCGAAAGAGAAUCACUUCAUUACCCAUAAGAGGACCUAGUCAGGGGAAACAGGAGGCCACGCUGAAAGGAGCUCCUUCAGUGUCCAGCCUCGAUUCCAAGCACCACAAAGUAGCGCCAGCAAGAGACAAAGCAUUAAAGCUCUUCGGCUCGAAGGAGAAACUGCACAAGGCACACAAAAAGAAGGAUCUCGGGAAUAAUAAUGCGGUUCUAGAGGACCCCGAGCUUAGAGAGAGCUUGGAAUACGAAGAUGGACAGGUCGGAAGGGAUUACGGAAGCGCCGAGGAGCUGGGUGGAUCGGUAGACGAACGAGGCUCCCAGGAGUACGUUAGCCUGCCGGUCACUUUAAAUGCUGACCACAUGCCGGGCUUUCCGGACGUGGAGCUCAUGCCUGCAGCUCCAUCAGAGGCAUCAUUAAUAUCAGGAGCCCGUGAGAUAGAGACACUGAGGAGGGAACUGGAAAUAAGCGCAAUGGAACGAGCACAGCUACAAGCGAGGGUCGACGAACUCCUCGAGAAGGCCACCGAGGCUGAUAGGCUGAGAGCUGAACUGGAUAAAUUGAAGAGCGUGGAAGCGGAACGCGAGGCGGCGCUAGAGCGUCUCGCCGACGAGAAUGGGGCGUUGCGCGCGCGGCUGCGUGGUGUCGCGCACUCGCCGCUCUCCGACAGCGAGAAGCGGCAGCUGCUGCUCGCGCCAGCACCCCGCCGCAUGCACUCCUCGGCGCCGGCCUCCAUAGCGCUCGCCCACAAUGGCGAAGGCGACAGCGGAGAGGCGAGCACCCCGGAGUGGGACAAGCACUCGUCCUCCUCGCUCAGCGAGGUGUCGGUCGCGUGUCUGCAGGACCGCAUCCUGCAGAUGGAGGAACACCACUAUAGCACAAGCGAAGAGCUCCAAGCGACGUUGGCGGAACUUGCAGACCUGCAGUCGCAACUGGCUGACGCUCACGCGGACAACGAGCGUCUGGCUGACGAGAAGCAGGUCCUGCUGGAGUCCCUCUGUCGGCAGACUGAGAAACUAGAGGACAGCAGGACGAAGGUGGACACACUACAAGAGCUAUUGUUGCGUGAGGGCAUUGAACCCGUGAACCUGGUCCCCGGGGACACGGAUCAACAGCUGUUCGCCAUGUUGAAGAUGUCGCAGGAGGAAAGAAAGCAUCUGUUAACCAAACAGGAACAGCUGGAAGAGGAGUUAAGUCAACUGAAAACGAGUUUAGAAGAGAAAACCAAAGAAAAUGAAGCUCUCAGUGAGAGGAUUAGGUCGCUGGAGAGCUCGCUGGAGUGCUCGCGCGCCGAGAGCGAGCUGGAGGCGCAGGCGGCGCGGGACCUGGCCGCCGCCCGCCAGCACCAGGUCGCCACGCUCUCCGACCUGCUCGACGCCGCUAAAGCCAAGUUGUCGGAGGGCGCGGGCGCGGCGGCGGGCGCGGCGGAGGCGGAGGCGGCGGCGGCGGCGGCGCGGCGGGAUGCGGAGGCGCACGCCCAGCGCGCGCACGCCCUCGCCGAGCGCCUCGCGCACGCGCACCGCCAGCUCGACCGCGCACACUCCGACGCGCGCAAGCUGCACGACGACGCGCUCGUGUCUCGCAACAACGCGAAAUCGACGAUCUCCGAGCUGGAGUUCCAGGUCGAGCAGCUGCGGCAGGAGAAGUCCGCCAUGCAGGGCGAGAUCAACACCCUGCAGGAGAACAUUUCCGAGAUGCAGAUACAGGUCCAAGUGGCUACUGACGAGAAGCUGACGCUGAUGAGUCGGGCCGGAGAGGCUAUCGCCAGAGCCACGGACUUUGAGAGGCAGCUCCAAGAGGCUAGGGCCAGGAACGCUCAGCUCACGAGGGACAGAGAAAGAGACGAAGCCGAAUGGAAGCAAUUUCAAAGUGAUCUACUGAUGACGGUGCGAGUCGCGAACGAUUUUAAAACGGAGGCUCAGCGUGAGCUGGAGCGACUCGUCUCCGAGAAUAAGAUCGCGCGCGACCGCAUCAGGCUGUUAGAAGAUCAGAUACACUCGCUCAAAGGUAUUGACAGGUCAGAAUCAAUGGAUAGCGUAAUUAAUUGCUCUGAAGACGAGAGAUUGUUAUCGAAAGACACGGAUUUGUGUGAUUCACAAAGCGAUUGUUCGUCUAAAGACGUUUUUAAGAACAUCACGACCAGAUAUUUGUCUAGAGUUCAUAGCGUCUCCGAUCCACCGCCGCGUGAUUCGAGUAUCGUAGAUCAAGCUUUCCGCAAACCGAAUAAUUCGGAUUGUAAUAACGAUGUGACGAAUGGAUUGAAAAUUGAAAUCGAUAACGUGACGACAGACGAAAGCAAUGAUGACGAACAUAUAACAAGUGUCGUUUCCGAUUCCGAAGAAGCUGGAGAUGAAGUCGUUUCACCUCUAUUUCACAACAAAGAGCUGAAGCGACAGGAGGCUGUUGACCUUUUCAGCGAAAAGCUUUACAGACAAGACGCUUUUGAUAAUGAUGAUUUGGUAACAAUGAACGAUACGGAAGCGGUAGUUGAAAAUUUUACUACGAACGUAAAAUCAGUUUCGCAGUCCGAAUCUGGUAACGUAAUAGAACGUAGAAACAAAACUGCGGUCGGCACAGAAAUUUCGGGCUUACUGAAUGGGAAACCGAAGGCUUUAAGUAUGGAUAGUUUGAAUCCUAACACCGAAUUUAAAGAGGUGUUAAAAGAAGCCACCAGUAUAGAGCUAUUUCAUUGUGGCCCUAACGAAAGCGACCUGUCUAUAUUUACAGAAGGGUCCGACUGCGUUUUUUUAUCGCCCAUCGAAAAAAAUAACAACGAUUCUACAAAAAAUUGUAAUUUUAUUAAAGAACAAACGGAAACGCAGUCUCUGUCUCCAUAUAGCGAUCUCGUGGAUUACGCCAAAGACAUACCAGUUGUUAAGGCAGAGUCUAUUCUGCCUUUUCCUUAUCCAAAUGACAUAAGAAUGGAACCGACCGUUGAUAUUUUAAAACCAUUGCCCCAAACCAAAGAGCAAGGCCUACGAGUGUGCACAGACGAUAAAAUCGAAAGGGAUUUGAGAAAAGUAAACGAAGAAUUAAAAUUGACAUUCAAGGCGGCCAUAGAACGAAUAAUUGGAAAUAACAGAACGAAAAGAUCAUGUCGGAUAAAAUCGAACAGUUCAGAUACGUGUUCGGUGAUUGAUGUUGCGCAAUACAAUGAUUAUAUUGACGGCAAUAUUGCUAAGGAGGUUUUAUCUAGUCUUCAAUCAAAGUCAGUUGAUAACGAAAUCAAAGAUUGUGAACAGAAUGUAAAUGAAAAUGAAAAGAAAAACUUUGAUGAAUCCACUCACUUCCCAUUCAGCUCUGUAACUGAAGGGACGAUACCUUUAGUAAAUAUAAUAAAUACGAACGACACUGAUAAUGAAGUGAAACAAGACAAGUCGGAUGAUAGUGGCGUUAGUUAUCAUUUAAAAAUAAACACUAGAGAUCCAUUUCGUGGUCAAGCACCGAAAAUCGUUGCAGUGCACAACGCUGUCGAGCCUGUACAACGACCGGCAAGAAAGCUAAAGACUUUUGUGUCGCCGAUCAAAAUACUCAACGGAAAUAUUGAUCCAACAUCGCCCAUUAUUAUAAGUCCCGUUUUAAUACAACCGAUACUGUUAAAACCCAAUAACGCGACGCAGAAAUGUAUUGCGCAUCAUGAUAUUAAGCAAGAUAAGAAAACGGUUUAUUACGAUGAUACCGAUCAAGUUCUGAAAAAAGAAGCAAACCCUAGCGAAGUCAAAACAACCGAAGCGAAUGUAAAGAAGAAAGGCAUUUAUCAGAAAAAUACGAAGACCAAACAAUUGCCAUUCUUGUCUUGGAAACAUUUGGGUUCCAAUGACGACAUAUCGAAAGAAGACCCGAAAUCACCAAUCAAAAGUAGUUUGAAAUCUUCAGAAAUGUCGAAAAACGAUGUAGGGAAAUUAACCAAAACACCGGAAUGGUUGGUCGACAAUCAGUACUACCAGCCUGUCGAAAAUAUUCCUUUCGUUAUAAACACAAAUCUAAGCUCUAGUAAACCAGUUCAAGAGGAAGUCAACAUCAAAGAAGAUGUUAAGCAUAUGAAUACAUUCUUGCCGCAUUCAAGGCGGGAAUCUGAAGAGAAUUAUUAUGAAGAGAUCGGUCCAGUUCUACCUACUUACUUGGAUAAAAACGUAGCGGACGAUGAUAAGUUAACGAGCAGAAAUCUUGACGAUUUCGCUUUUAUUACCAGAGAGGAAAUCCUGAAAGUUCCUAGGAAACCGAAGAAACCAAAGAAAGAUGAAAGACAAUCAAAACUAAAUUCUGAUGGAAACUUAACGAGCAUAGUAAGAGAAUUGUCUGGUGUUACUAAAUCCGUCAUAACGUUAUCUCGGUCUCCGAGUGCGAACUCCAACAAGAAACCUAGUGGCUCCAUUGGGGAAAUAGUACAGAGCUUAGAGAGGAAACCUCUGGAAGCUCGGAAGCCGGACGUGCCGCUGCGAAAGUUUUCCUUAGAACAAAAAUCUACAAGAACCGAUAGCGGGUCGUUGAACCGCGAUAAACCGUAUUGGAAGACGCUGGAGCACAAACGACUCUCGCACCCCAUAAGGUCAUUGAACGACCCCCUCCCGCCCAGACCGCUACCGAUGCCGCCUAGGACGGAAGAGCCGCCGCCUCCCCCGCCCCUGCUGAGCAGCGCCUCCCUCCAGGACAUUAUGGCGACGGCCGCUUCACAUCGGCGGAAUAAAGGGGUGAGCCGUCAAGAUUCGAGGUUAUCCGUGAAAUCCCUCAUCGAGAGCAUCGAGAACGCUGCGAAGGCGGCCAAGCAACAGUCUCCAGCGUCGACCCCCGUCAACGAAUGGCCGCAGGUGCAGACUGCGGCCAACGUCACGCCAUCUAGCGGCGGUAUCAAGAACGGCGUCAGUGAGCCCGCCACCGCGGCCGGCGCCGGACUGGCGGCCGCCAAGCCGCCGGCGACCCGCGCCGCGCGCCCCCCACCCGCCGCCGCCGAGCCGGCUGCCAACAUACCGGACGAGCAGCGCGCCCUCGCCUCGCUGCAGCAGAAGGCCAUGGAGUCUUUCGUUAGACGGAACAGCUAUGGGGACAUAUGUGAAAGGAAAGAUCCAUUGAACGCUUUACAAGUGAAGAAUGGCGGUUCGAAACGCAAUGCCCUACUGAAGUGGUGUCAACAGAAGACGUUCGGAUACAACAAUAUCGAUAUCACGAAUUUCAGCUCGUCGUGGAACGAUGGGCUGGCGUUGUGCGCGCUGCUGCACUCGUACCUGGGCGAGGGCCGCGUGCCGUACUCCACGCUGUCGCCGCACGAUAAGAGGACCAACUUCUCAGUGGCCUUCGCAGCUGCGGAGUCCGUGGGCAUCCCGACCACGCUGAAUAUUCAGGACAUGAUCCACCAGGAGCGUCCCGAUUGGCAGCAGGUCAUGGCGUACGUCACCAGUAUUUAUAAACAUUUCGAGACUUAAACGUUUUUAAUUCAAAUACGUGUGGAUAAUGUUGGGACGCAUUGAUCACGCUCUCAAUCGAUGCGUUUAUACGCUUUCGCUCAUAGAACAGUUGCUGUUUCGACGUCACACUGGACGGUGUUAUACGUUAACGGACCAAGAAUAUUAAAAAAAAAGCCUUUUUUUAUAUAAUCAUGCUUUUGUGUAAACGAAUAGUUCUGAUUUAAAACGUAAAUUUCCAAAAAACAAUUAUCGAAUCGGUACGUACGGUAUAAAUACAGUUAAAAGCCAAUUUAUCACGAUUUAAUUCUACAUAAGGACCAAAAUAUUAUUAAUUAAGUAUAUUAUUAUUAUAGUAUGAUAUUAUCUAUUUGACCACGAGAACAUUUCUCGCCUACUAAGGACCUUCACUUAUUGUAGUAUUCACCAAGGCUAUUCAGGAUGACUGGGCGACAUCGUCAUAAAGUGACUUGAGGUGCGUCCUCAGUGACUUGAAUAAAAUUUUGUUGUACUAAUGAAUAAAGAGUUUGGCAAUUAACCUAACCACACGAAAGUGCUGAUCGAAAAUUCUCCCUGAAAUACAGAUGGCACCACUAGUCUCUCUGGUACUCGUGGUCUAUUAUAGCAUGCUAAAUUAUGUGAUUUAUAUAACUAAAAGACAAUAUUUAUGCCUCCUAUAUAAAUAUAAAAAUAUAUUCUAAAUUAUCGCUUAUAAUAAAUAUAUAUUAACUUGUCAUUAACGUUAUCGCCGGUAUAUAAUAAUUAAUGUAAUUUAAUUAAAAUUGUAAUCUGAAUUGUGCUUUACGUGAUAACGCCAAAUAUAGCUGCUUGAUAAAAUUAUAUUAAACAUCAAUUGAAUUUAGUAAUUAAUUAUGAAUAUUAUUAAAGUAAUAUUCGUGAAUAUAUUUUAAUAUGGCUAAAGAGAACUGACUUCGAUUAUUUUGUGAUCACAAAUUAAGUAAAAAUUUAUUACCUUAUACAGUUUUGCGUUAAUUUUUCAUCAUAAAAAAGUUUAUGCGAUAAUUUUUAGUAGCUGUACGUAGGCAGUGCGGGCUUUCGUCGCUUCUAUACUGAUAUUAUGAAUGUGAAAGUUUAUAAGUCUGUUUGUUAACCAAUGGCCAAUUCGGAUAUUAAUCUUACCAAAAAGUUUAUUUGUGACCUGGAUUAAUGCGUGUGAAACACUGCUUAUCGCGGUUAAUGACUUGACCCGGGCAAAGCCGGGUAUAUCUGUUGUAAUGAAUGCGAGAGGGUGUUCAUUAGCUCGCAGCAAUUUUGUAACUAUUUAUCCCGGGAAAAUGCGACGUGUUUCAUUCUUGAUGAAUUAAAAAAUGCCCACUGAAUUUCUCCCCGGAUCUCAGUGGGUCGCGCCUCCGAUCCGAUGGUAGAUUCUGCGAAGCACGGCUCUCGCUUGUGUUAAGAAAUUCUCUCAGGUUGUGCCCCUGAGCUCACCUACCAGUCACAGCGUAGUUGGUAUAGCCCCUUAGACUACCAACGAAUAAGUAGGGGAAAAAAUAAUAAAAAAAUUAACAGGUACGAUACGCUUGUUUUUAGUUUACGUGAUAAAAACUGUCCGUACACGUACCACGGGAUCCGCAUUAUACUCGCAAGUAUCCUUUAAAAUAAUUGAGCGUUAGGAGCUCAGUGUGCUUAGUGCGAGUUUUUUAAUGUUCUCGAUAGCGUAAAAGUUAGCUCAUAUUUGUAUGGAAUGGGAUCGUUUGCGUACGUUUGCCGCUAGGGACGCUGUUCCAACUGCAUACAAAUUUGGGUUCACUUUUACGCUGUCGAGAACGUUAAGAAACUCUCACUAAGCACACUGUUCGCAAGUGAAUUAAUGGAGUUAAUAGAGCGGACUGUUUAAAAAAAAGUACAUACAUUAAUCUUCAAGUGAUGCCUUAAAAUACGUAUUAUAGGUACGAAUGAAUUGUCUUUUGCCUUAGACGUGAUUAAUUGAUGGAAAUCGUCUGAUCAACAAAGACUGAUGCGUUUAGGUUGUAAGAACGGUUGAUAUGAUAAGGAUGUAAUUUUUUUUAUUUUUCGAAAUUUUUUACCCUGUUUUGGUGGUGUGUUGUGAGAUUUCCGAAAUAAAUUAUCCAAAAAAAUUACGAUAAAUAUAGCGAUGAAUUAAAAUAAAAAAGAAAAUAUUUUUUUUAUCGUUGUUUCCGAGUGUCCCGGAUAGAAGUUGCCAAAAAAGGAAGGUUGCUCCCGAAGUUGAAACUUUAUUGCCUUUAACAUAAGCGGCAUUUUUAAACAAUUCAUGAUUUGUUUUAGGAUUUUUUACACACUGACGCUCAAUGUUCAACAUAUUGAUAUAAUUAUUUACGCUAAACAGAUAUGAGGAGAAUAAAGAUAAAUCUAAUUUUUGAAAAACGUAAUUAUUUGAGUUCUUGAGAUGUUUCUCGUUAUUUUUGCUUAGCGAUUUAAAUCAAUUAUUUCAAUAAGUCUUUUCCUAACUGUGAUCACUUAAAAUGAUAUUCUAAAACCAAUUCUAAAACAAUACGAAAUAAUUGAAAUAAAGUGUUCAACUUGUAGAUAUUGGUUGGAUAUCUAACAUAAACUUCUUGUCUUGAGGAAAAUGUGUCAGUCAGUGAAACAGCAGUGUAUACUCGCAUCAAGCGAUGUCGUUGCCAAAAAAGCGGUGAAUUACUCAAACUAUACUCGGAUUAUGAAAUGAGUAAUAAUGGUAUUUGAUUAUUUUAGAUUUUACAAUACAUUUGUUUAAAUUUUCGGAACUGGCAGUCUUAAAAGCAUUUUCGCAAAAUUUCCGUCUAUAACUAUUGGGAUGAUGUCCGUCAAUCUAAAUAUACAUUUUUCAAUAAAGAAAACUCUAGUUUUCACGGAAAAAUCCGUUUGUUUUAAAAAUGAAUAGACUGUGUUUUCAUAUUCAAAAAAAUUAUAAUCAGAUAACGCUGUUGAAUAAAUAACUUAGGCAAACUAAGCCAGCCUUAAUAUUGAACGAAAUUAGUAUCUACGUAAUUGUCUCGUAAGGUUUAGAAUUAGUAAAGCAAUUAAAACUGUCGGAGGUCUUCCAUAUUAUUGUAUUAAAAAAAAGAAAUUUUCAAUAAAAUAGACAUCUCUGUGAUAAAACAUUUACGACUGUCGGUGAAUAAAACUCACCCUGUAUUUUGAAUAAAACGGGACAAAAAAUAUUGCUAUCGCUUUCCCUCCGAGCGAAUUCCGGUAUCGUGACCUGUGUCCGUUUUACUAUUGAUACUCGAAUUUAAAUUCAUUGUCGAAGUUGGUAUGAUAACAAAUUUAGAAUAGUUGCCAAGCGAUUUCGAACUUUAAUGAAAAGUGUGUAUUUGAAAUUUGGAAUUGAACAUUUAGAUAUUUUAAGAAUCGUCUGCGAUUUAUAUUCGUCCAAAUCACCUCGAAGUAAUCUCAUUACUAUAAAAUUAAAUGUGUGAGCAUGCUUUAGUGUACAUUGUAUGGAGCUUGAUCAUCAAACGUCAACCUUUAAACUUUUAGAUACGGCAAUUGAAAAUAUUUAUUAAUAAAAUUAAACAUAAAUUACUCAUGAGAGCUCUGUUUGAAUCAUAUAUCAAUAAUAUAAUAAUAUUCUCAUUAAAGUCUUCAUUAGAUAAGUUAAUAACAAAUUAAAUCACAUAAUAAUAAUAGUCAGCAAAGAUGAAAAUUGUUUAUUGACUUGUAAUGAAACUUAUAAAUAUUAUCAUCAUAUAUAAUCAUUUAAUCUAUGCAUUUAAAUGUAUGAUUAACGAAUUAAUUGCAUUAAUUAAUAAGAAAUGUGAAAUAUUCGUAACGCAUUUUCAUUUAUUAAUUAAAGACUGCAUGAAUGUGUUACAAAAGAAUAUAUAUAAACAUAUAUUUGCUACAAAAUGAAUUAAGUUGGUUUUUAAUUAAUAAAUUUUUUUAUUUGAAUGAAUUUUAAUUACAAAGAAGAUAUUAAUGUAAAAGCGCGUGCGUUUUGUGAAAUUUUAAUUGGAUUUUUAUUGAAUUUGUAAACAAUUUUUAUAUACAUAUAUAUUUUCAUUGUUUAUAUUCAUUGUACUGUAGAAUGAUUUGUUUGAUAAGAUUAUUAUGUGUAUGUCAAAUUUUGAGUGAGCGCUAAUAAUUUCCAAUUUGGUUGUUGAUACUGCUGGAAUAUAUGUAAUAAUAUUAUGAUUGUAUCUAUUUUGAGAUGUUAGUGUUUUUUUGUAAAUAUAGCCUAAAUAAAGUUCCUGAUUUAUUAUAAUA